AUGAUAGAGUCCCGCUCCCCGCGUGGCAAUGCCGACCCCUCGAGGUUACUCGGCUGUCGCACUCCCCACCGGCAGCGUAUUGGACGACUACGAGCGACGCCCACUCGGCGUGACACAGCGCCUGCCGACUUUCUGACCCGAUCUGAGGACGUGGCGGCAACCCCGUUCUCGCCAUUUACAUCGCGCCUCGGUUACCCACACGUCCAACCCACCUCGCACUCCUAA